UUUUUUACCUUCCAUCUUAAUAUCAGAACACGAAUUUAAGCGCUAGUUUUAUUAAUGUUGACGGUGUAGGGAAUGGUGAAAAGUGGCACGCUGGCGAUUUUUGUAUAAUUUCGGUUACUUGAGGAGAGAUUAGAUGCGACAUGUCCGAGGUACGCAUACGUCCGCGCCAAGUGCUCGUUUUGAUUAUUGUGUUUAUUGUCAUCCUGCUGAUGGUGCAUCGUAACGGCCAACGCAUCUGCCAGGGCCCAGAGUAUCUGCAGGCGAUGUACUCAAAAGCCCAGGCGGACACGUUGCCCAAAAUCUUUGCCAUAACGCCCACGUAUGCGCGGCCCGCACAAAAAGCGGAGCUAACCAGGCUUUCGCAUUUGUUUAUGCUGGUGCCGAAUCUGCACUGGAUCAUUGUUGAGGAUUCGAAUGUUACCACGAAGCUGGUGCAGAAUUUGCUGAUCCGUGCCGGAUUGCAGAAUCGCUCUACGCAGCUAAACAUUAAGACGACGGCGGAGUUCAAGCUGCAGAGCAAGGAUCCAAAUUGGAUAAAGCCACGCGGCGUCGAGCAGCGUAAUUUGGCGCUCGCCUGGCUGCGUUCACAUGCGUCGCCCGAUCGUCAUGCGAUUGUUUUCUUUAUGGAUGAUGACAACUCCUAUUCGGUGGAGUUGUUUGCCGAAAUGGCUAAAAUUCAGCCAGGGCGUGUGGGCAUCUGGCCCGUCGGCUUAGUGGGCGGCCUAAUGGUCGAGCGUCCGCUGCUCAAUGGCGACAACAAGGUGGUUGGCUUCAAUGCCGCCUGGCGGCCAGAGCGUCCAUUUCCCCUCGAUAUGGCCGCAUUUGGCAUUAGCAUCGAUCUGUUCUUCAAGUAUCCACAGGCGAUAUUCUCCUAUAAAGUGCAGCGCGGCUAUCAGGAGAGCGAAAUUCUGCGCUACCUCACCACACGGGACCAACUGCAAACGCUGGCCAACAAUUGUCGCGAUGUGCUCGUCUGGCACACACGCACCGAGAAGACCAAGCUUAACUCCGAGGAGGCUCUGCAGCGUCAGAACAAGCGAUCCGAUGAGGGCAUCGAGGUUUAGCAACUCCAUUUACUUUACCCACUUCAACUGUGACGCAAUCUGCGUCAAUCUAGUGAAUUUAUAUAUGACUUAACUCAGUGUAUUGUGUGUAAUAUUAUAAUACUUGUAUCCUAUUUGCCUCAUGUCCAAUUCAAUGUUUAGUCAAGUGAUCUAUCAUAAGAGUCUGUAUAAUGUGUUCAUUUGUUUUUUUUUCUCUCAGAUAAUUCACUAUUUUAAAGCAAUAUGUUCAAUUAAGUGCUAUUCAUAAGUACUUAAGUAAAAACACAAGCUCUGCAAGGGCACAACCAAUAAACGAACACUUCGUGUGCCAAAA